UCUGAUGAAAUCAGCUGGGGAAACAACAACAGAAAAGGAGGUGGCUCAAAGCAGAAAUAUCUUUAGGCCAGUUAUGUUUACGUUUUAUUCUAAAAAGCGUCCGAUAAUCAAACCAGCAUUAACAUCAGGUCGGCAGCAGCGAGUCGAUACUUGUUGAGGUCUGUGAGACGCUGGAUUAAGAAGUCAGCGAGCGGGAAGUAAGAAGAAGAGGAUGUGACAGGGCAGAGGUCCUGCAGUCAUAUGUGCUCUUUUACAAACAACGAGACCACCGCGACCACCUCUUCAUUCUCCGCGCGUCUUUGUCCGGUUUGAGUGACCGGCUGAACCACCAGCAGAGUGGCAUGUGGGUCAAUUCCGGAACCGUCGGAAGGGCCCUCUCCAUGGAUAUAGACACAGACUAUGAGCGGCCCAAUGUGGAAACCAUUAAAUGUGUGGUGGUAGGGGAUAAUGCAGUAGGCAAGACCAGGCUAAUCUGUGCCCGGGCCUGCAAUGCCACCCUCACACAGUAUCAGCUGCUUGCCACCCACGUGCCAACCGUCUGGGCCAUCGACCAGUACCGUGUAUGCCAGGAGGUGUUAGAGAGAUCUCGCGAUGUAGUGGAUGAGGUCAGUGUGUCCCUGAGGCUGUGGGACACAUUCGGGGAUCAUCACAAAGACAGACGAUUUGCCUAUGGCAGGUCUGACGUAGUGGUGCUUUGCUUCUCUCUGGCUAAUCCCAAUUCCCUGCGCCACGUACGCACCAUGUGGUUCCCGGAGAUCAAGCACUUUUGUCCCCGGACACCCAUCAUUCUAGUUGGCUGCCAGCUGGAUCUGCGCUAUGCCGACCUGGAUGCAGUAAACCGAGCAAGACGACCCCUAGCCAAACCCAUCAAACCUACUGAUAUCCUUCCACCUGAGAGAGGCCAUGAGGUGGCCAAGGAACUUGGGAUCCCCUACUAUGAGACCAGCAUUGUCGCCCAGUUUGGAGUCAAAGAUGUUUUUGACAAUGCCAUCCGAGCCGCCCUCAUCUCCCGCCGUCACCUCCAGUUCUGGAAGUCCCAUUUAAAAAAGGUCCAAAGGCCCCUUCUCCAGGCACCUUUCCUGCCUCCUCGCCCACCUCGCCCCAUAGUGGGCAUCCCAGACCCCCCUCCAACAGACGGCGAGGGCCCUGAUUCUCUUUUCUGCCAUCCACUGUGCGCAGAUGUUCUUUUCCUCCUUCAGGGUGGUGCCACUCGUGUCUUUGCACACAAAGUGUAUCUGGCUACUUCCUGCUCCAAGUUCUAUGAUCUCUUUACCCUUGAUAUUGGUGGAUCAUGCAUGGGGCCGAAAAAGGAGGAACAGGAGAGCAAGGAAAACUUGGAGAGUGCGGAGGAAGAUGAGCAGAGCAGAAGAGGAGCAAAGGAGCAAGCUGGGCGCACUAAGAGCCUGGACAUUGAUAAAGACGGGGUUGAAGGAGGAGUGCGGGGCCUGAAUCGACCCCAGCUGCUCCAGCAGGGCUCUUUGAGGACUUCCCAGAGUGAUAAUGCACUCCCCUCUCGAGCCCACUACUCCCUGGGAGCACUAGGGACUGGUCGAGCACUUUCAGGAUGGGGAAGGGGGUUCCUGAGUGUGUGUCUGGAGCAUGUUGAUGAUCCCAUGACUGGACACCCACGACUCAUGACUGUGGUAGUGAUGGAUGCACUUAUACAGGAAGAACCAUUUAAGGCGGUGCUUCAGUACCUGUACACGGGCAGUCUGGAUGAGGGCAGAGGGGAUCUGAUGCAGGUGGCCACUAUCGCAGAGCUGCUCGAGGUGUUUGACCUGCGGAUGAUGGUGGCCAAC